CGUUAUCUGCAGCCGGUCCGCGCACUGUUGAAUGUUUCUGUACAUUUUGUCAGGACUUUGUCAGUGCUGGCAUUUUGUCAUUACAUGAAUGUUCGAAUCCGAACCUUCUCCUGAAAGAGGGAGGAUAAUUUAAUUGAGAAAUGGCUACCACAGUACCACUGCAUUCUGCUAUUGAGAAGCAUCUUGAAUGUCCAAUAUGUCACAACAGAUACAGACAACCCAAGGUAUUGAACUGCCAGCACAGCUUCUGUGAGGAAUGUCUGGUGGAGUACCAUGAGAGCGGAUUUAAAGAUUCACCUAAGGUCCCUUGCCCAGUGUGCCGUCAAGAGACUACAUUUCCGAAGAUAGGCAUACAAGGCCUCACGACAAACCUCACUUUGGUUGGUUUGACCGAGGACUUGGAAAAAAUUGCACCCUCCAAGGACUCCAAGUUACUCUCGGGGACAUGCAAGGGAGACAACGAACCGUCACAUCACCGCAUCGAUGCGUACAAAUGCCACAAACACGAGGGCAGCGUGAAACAAUUUUACUGCAAAACAUGUGAUGAAGUAAUAUGUCACAGCUGCAUAGUUUCUGAACACACUAUCCCGGUACAUGAUAUUACUGAAAGUGAGUUGGCUGCAAAGAAUUUCAGAGAAUCCCUCAACAACAAAUUUCCCGCGUUCACAAGGAACAUACAAUUCCUCGAGGUUUGCCUGUUGCAUACAGAUGAGGCGAAGACGUCAUUCAACAAAAACACAGCGAAGACUCGACAGGUGGUGCACGACAGAGCUGCUGAGGUCAUAGCCCAGGUCAAAGCUGAAGAAAAAAGGAUCAUCGAUGAGAUCGCAGUCCAGGAACUUGAGCAAAGCAAAUGCUUUGAUGAGUAUAAAGACAAAGUAAAUAAUUUGAUGGAGAGAAAGAAAUAUUCACUUUGGUCGGCCCAGGUCAUGACGAGGAACGCCUCGGAUAGUGACUUUCUCUCGUUGUACCCAUUAAUCCAGAACGACAUAAAAAAUCUCAACAGCCAAGAACCGCCUAAGAUUCAACACAAACUUUGGUGGCUGAGGUUUGUGAAGAGUCAUAGAGCAGACGACAUCAACCUAGGCGAGGUGGAGCAGGAAGGGGAUAAGUGGGAGGUGCUUAACGAAUUUGGCAAGCAGAGAAGCGGUGAUGGGGAGUUUGAAUUGGCCAGAGGUGUCGCUGCUGCUGCUGAACCUGACGAGAUAGCCGUGGCUGACUGCAAGAAUAACCGAGUGGUAAUCCUCGACCACCGGGGGUUCAUAACAAGACUUAUUCCAGUCUUGUCUGCUGACGUCGUCGCUACGUCAAAUGGGUGGGUAUGUGCUAACCCGAGAAAGGUAUUCGUCUACCGUCGAGACACGGCGCUAGCCUACGAGUUUUACACCGUACUGUCAAGUGAUGUUGGUAGGAAAGACGUUCGUCUUGUGAGUGCAGCAGUCAUGAAGAACGGUAACAUCAUAGUUGGGGAUAAAGAGAACAAGGUGUUGACCGAGCACGAACCCGGUGAUGGUAAAAUCCUACGCACCAUGCCGGUGGAGAUGGCUCCUGACUGGUUGGCUGUGAUGAGCAACGGUUGGGUUGUGAUCAGUGAAGAGGACCAGGGACGAGUAGGCAUAGUAGAUGUUUCUGAUGGCAACGCCAUCCAUGUUACCACCAUCCGACCAAUCAUCAACGGUAAACAAGUGGAACACUGUAGCGGUGUGGUGAGUAACAGAUCGGGUAUUUACAUAGCAGCAGACACAGGUUUCAAGAACACUGGUCACAUUCAUCACUACGAUUGUUCAGGUCGGUUUGUCAGCUGUAUUGCAGAGGGUCUGCAUAACCCCUGUGGAAUCACAUUCACAGCAGAUGGGCAACAGCUGGUACUCGCUGACUGGUACUCCGUCAAGAUAUAUCACAAGGUGUGAUGUUAUCUACCGUGAUGCUGAUUGGCAUAUCCUUCCCCGCUCUGAGCACGCCACACGCUUUCUUUGAUCUUUGAUUUUGCAUUUGGCAACAAAUAAGCCCCAUAAAUCAGGAAUUUAUCUUUAUAUGUACCAGUGACUCCUGUGAAAUAUUUAGGAAUUCACAUAAUUGGUAUGAUUGCAAGAUUUAUCAGUCCACUGUACCGUAGUUUAAAGUUAAAUUAAACUUGGUCCUACUAUUUCCUGUUACGAUAAUGGAAUAAUAUUUCUUUGAAUGUUGGAUACAAAGUAUGACAGUGAAAUUUUGAAACCCAUGUAUCAUAAUAGGCUAAGAACACUGAAGACUAUGUCGAUGUUUUAUAGGAUUUCUGUAUUGGUUUGUCAACAUGGAGCAAGCACAAGGUUUGAAAACACUAUCUUUACUGGUGCUGGUCAUUAUAUCAAAUAGCCAGAUCCUUAGAAAAACAGUCCCAGGACUCACACAUUUAGGUGACCAACUUUAUGUGCAAUGCUGUCGAUAAUUUGCGGCAGCAAUCAACGCCAUCUCAAUAAAGUACGUGAUUUUGCUGCAUAAUUUGGUUAUGGUUUGUCGGCUAUUGGAAUAUUGCGGUGUGCUCCAUGUUCCAGUGCAUAUAUUCAUCCUUAGCUUUGUCAAUGAAAUGAAUGUCUAUGCUAGUUCACAUAGAACGCAAUGGAAAAUAAUGGUUUUAGUGUAAAAGGGGUUUUUUUAAAAGAGAAUCUAGCCAUUAUUUUUUUUAUUACUGUCAUAUAAGGAGGGUCUCUGUGAAACACUGGUAACGGUAUCAGACAUUUUGCACUUCUUACCGAUGGUGCAAUGUGUAUCCGGUGUCCCUUUCCCAAUGUUUCACACCGAUAUGCUUCCUAAAAGGUACACUUUCGUUAAUGAAUAAAUAAGUAAGGGAAAAAAAAAUACUUUCAGCUGACUUUUUUCAUGAUGGACUCAUGCAACGUGACAAUUAACUUUUACAAAUAGCAAGUAGACCUUGAGGUACAUUGCAUAUAUCAUUAAAAAAUAUGUUCCUAAUUAUGU